GACAGAGAGAGAGAGAGAGAGAGAGAGAGAGAGAGAGAGAGAGAGAGAGAGAGAGAGAGAGAGAGAGAGAGAGAGAGAGAGAGAGAGAGAGAGAGAGAGAGAGAGAGAGAGAGAGAGAGAGAGAGAGAGAUGGGGACUAUUCGCUUCUUUGCGCGUUUGUCUCCCAUCUCUUCACCAAGCUGAACACGAGACAGAAGACGCUCCAUCUGUCAGAUGAGAUCAGUCUCCUGUAGGUUCGUCUGUUCAGAUCCAAACCACGGGAUUCCCCGUGCUUAGCGGAGCAGGUGCUAAACAGACAAAGUAUAAUCCACAACAGAGGAUGAGAUGCUGAAUGACCACAGAUCCCGUUGAGGAAGCUGGAAUAGUGGGAAGUAAUGAAAAGAAGGAGGAAUUAAAGAGAGGAGAUGAAUGUAGUAGUCGCCCACACAGCGAGUCUGCACGAGAGCGAAGGUCGAUCUUAUUGUUCUUCCCCCCCGUGGCAAACAUUGUGACUAAUAACAGAGUGAGGCAGCAUGAGUGGUCGUAUCUGGGCAGCAUUGCUCUUUCUCGGCGUGUGUUUAAUGCUCGGGGGACAUGCCGCUCUUCCGAGGGUAAAAAAGAGCGAGGGCCGUGUGCAAACCUUCGGGAAAGACAAGCAUGCAAAGCGUCUAGACGUGGAGGAAGGGCAGAGUGAGAUGUCAUUCGUUAACACAAAAGAAACACCAAGUUCUAAAUUGGAGGCGGGUGAAUCGAUGUUUUUGGCUAGACGUGCCAUGAAUUUUGCUCCAGGAUUGGAUGCUACCGAGAUUAGAGAAACAAUGAGAGCUGGAAACAAAAUCACAGCCACUCCAGUUGUAUUGUCCGAUUCACUUAUUACAAACGAGUAUCCCAAAGAUAUUCCUGAAUCCUUUACGAGAGUAAUACAUCAGAGCCAGAACUCUGAAUAUCUAGAUUCUGAACUAACAGAGUAUUCACGCCCUGGUGAAAAACAGAUAGUAGCUGACAAAGUGACUCGGUCUUCAGUUUCUUCAGAUGGCAGAAAAUCACUGGAUGCCAACAGUAGUCCAUCAGAUGCCAGCGGGUUCCUCAUAAAGCCUCAGUUUGGGUUAAACAGUGGACAGGAAGGGCAAACUAUAGUGAUGGGCAACCAAGAGGAAAGCAGCAGUGAAACUGAGGCAAUUGAUUUUCACAAGACCUUCAGGGGACCGAGUAUGGAUGAGAUGCCUUCUCGGGUUCGUCGCCGGAGGAGCUGGAUCUGGAACCAGUUCUUCGUGAUAGAGGAGUAUACUGGACCAGAACCAGUGUUGAUUGGACGGCUCCAUUCGAGCGUGGACAGGGGUGACGGCCGAGUCAAAUACAUUUUAAAAGGCGACGGGGCGGGCUCUGUGUUCGUCAUCGACAGCAGGACGGGGAACAUUCACGUCACCAAGCCCCUUGACAGGGAGGAGAAGGACGAGUACCGUCUUAUCGCCACGGCGACAGACAGGCAGACCGGCCGGGCCCUGGAGCCUUCGUCCCAGUUCAUCAUUCGUGUGCAAGACAUCAACGAUAACCCACCUGUGUUCCAGGGCGGCCCGUACAGCGCCACCGUCCCUGAGAUGGCCAACAUCGGCACAUCCGUUAUUCAAGUGACAGCCACAGAUGCUGAUGAUCCAACCUAUGGGAACAGUGCCAAAAUUGUGUAUUCAGUGAUCCAAGGACAGCAAUACUUUACUGUGGACCCACAGUCAGGCAUCGUGCGCACGGCAGUACCUGACAUGGACAGAGAGACACAGGCGCAGUACCUGGUGGUGCUUCAGGCCAGAGACAUGGGGGGGCAUCAGGGGGGCUUGACAGGGACCACCACUCUCACCGUCCAUCUGAGCGACGUCAACGACAACCCACCUCGCUUCACUCAGAGUAUGUGGUCAUUUUCCGUGUCCGAGCUGGCCGUCCCUGGGGUGGAGAUCGGUCGUCUCUCGGCAACGGAUGCAGACCUGGGGGAAAACGCUCGGAUGGACUUUACGAUCGUGGACGGAGAGGCGGGAGACACGUUCAACAUAACCGGACUGAACCAAGAGGCUGUGAUUUUAUUAAACAAGGCCGUCGACUACGAGCGCCGCAGCACGUAUUCUCUCGCCGUGGAGGUGCAGAAUCCAAACAUCGACUCACGCUUUUUGAGACGGGGUCCGUUUAAGGACCGGGCUAUGGUGCGGGUGACGGUUCUGAACGCGGAUGAGCCUCCGCGGUUCUCCCGUGCCCGGUACCGACUCGACGUGUCUGAAAACUGCCCUCCGGCUUGCGUGGUGGGAAGAGUGGCCGCCAUCGACCCGGACACAGGCCUCAGCAACAAUAUUAAGUACUCCAUUGAUCCCGAGUCAGACCCCGAGGCGCUGUUUCGUAUCACCGCCGACAACGGUCUCAUCACCACGGCGAUGGAAUUGGAUCGAGAGCAGGACCAAUGGCAUAACAUCACUGUCAUCGCCACACAGAGAGACAGCCCAAGCCAAGUUACCAGGGUAGCGGUUUCCAUAGAGACGCUUGACCUCAACGACAACCCUCCCGAGCUCGACCGACAGUACAGCACCGCCAUGUGCGACUCCAGCAACGCCGGACAGGUGGUCCAGGUGAUCCGGGCGGUAGAUAAAGACCAAAGCAGCUUCAACUCUCCCAUUCACUUCAGCAUUCCCCCGGACUCCAGCAGUGCCCUCAACUUCUCCAUCAGAGAGAGGGGAGACCACACGGCGAGUCUGGUGCUGUUGUCAUCCCUGAAGCCUCUUCCUCGCUCUUCCUCUUUACUUACUCUAAAAAUACCCAUAAUGCUCCGUGACGGUGCGUCAGACCUCAGGAGCACAGGAACGAUUACCGUUACGGUGUGUCCCUGCCAGAAUGGAGGAAUGUGGGCGGAAGAACAGAAGCGUCAAACGGUUGAAACAGACAAACCGUCUCCGCCGGACUGGGAGAGGCAGGCCGUGUGUUUGCCCUCACCGUCCAACUCUUCGCUGUUGGGCUUCAGCUCGGCCGCCAUGCUGGCCAUUCUGGCCUGCGCUUCGACUCUUCUGGUGGUGGUGGCGCUCUCUCUCUCUCUACGCAGGCCGAAGCGAGACACUCAAUGUCCUGUGGAAGAUGACGAGAUCCGAGAGAACAUCAUCACGUAUGAUGACGAGGGCGGCGGGGAAGCGGACACGGCUGCUUUUGACAUCGCGACCCUGAAAAGCGCCCCCCAGAGCAUGAGACGAGCACAGCGCCUCCGAGACAGCAAGAAUAUGUAUUCUCAGGAUAACCUGGAUAGUAUGAGGACAUUCAGCUGGGGUCAGAGUUUGGGUUUGGAUCCACGUCGGCCCGUCUCAGCUCCUCUCUACGGCCGGUACUGCUACAGCAUUCAGACUCUUCCAGCUUCAAGGAACAGACUCGGCCAGUUCAACUCCGGACUGGACCUCGCCAAACUGGCAUACGUUCUGCCCAGCAGCCGGGACCAGCCCAACGGUGCUUUAGAAUCCGGCUGUGUGUUCAUCAGCAAGAGCAGCGAUGGUUCAGAACAUAAAGGAACGGAUGGAUCCACGGAGAGCAUUCCCAAAGAGAGCGAAACGGGAAGUGAGGUCGUCUCGGAGAGCCACACAACAAGUCAGUCUGACCAGGUCUUGUUCAUGAAGAGCUCCAGUCAGAGCGGGUCCUGCUCAGAGGCGUCUCACAGCAGUUCUGCGGGACAUAAACCCGGCUCGUCUCCUCACUGCUUAACCGCAUGCGCUUCUGUUUCUACCGUCACCACGGACGAUUCGACCGCUGCCUCGACUGUGGACAAAAACUCAGAUGUUCAUCUGCUCAUCAACACCAACCAAACCACAUCCAGCCCUGGCACAACAGAGAUGCCCUUCAGAACCAUGGAGGGCACAUUGCUGAGAAGCGGCGGAGGAAUGACUUCGCCCGGGACGUCUUUUCUGUACCCAGAGGCUGCCCGAUUAAUGGGCUUGCAUGGGUCAGGCGGACAGAACUAUGUGCCGCACCUGGUGAUGUCCUUACCUGGAGGGGCGGGGCUGUAUGACAGGGGGUGGGGCUUGAGAAAUGGGAAGGUGGGACAAGCGAACUCUGAAAAGGCAGGGGCCGAUUCUCUGACAAACAGAAUGGGCGACUUUCUGCAACACCGGCUAGCCCUGGUGACCUUUGACCCCAUGCAGCCGCCAUACGACUCGCUGCAGACGUACGGACUGGAGGGCUCCGGCUCGCAGGCCGCGUCUCUCAGCUCCCUCGAGAGCGAGCCCGAGAAAGACGCGGAGGGGGACAACGACGGUUUGGAGAAAUGGGGACCCAAGUUUCACAGGUUGCUUGAUAUUUUUAGGGAACAUGCGAAAGAAAAAAAGGAGAAAGACAAAGGAGCGAACGGAUACCAGUUAGGAACGUCAAAAGAGGCGGGAGUAGAUGACAAGGUACGAGACGGAGGAGAGGCGAAGUGUGAGACGGAAGCGAGAAAACAGGAUGAAACGAGCGAAUCAAAUGAGAAGGACGCAGAUGAAACAAAGGAAAUGGACGACGGGAAGAAAGAGUGAAGGGAAGAGAGGACCAGUCAUGCGAUGUCAUGUCGUGGGCAUUCAAAAGCAAUAAGUGCUGACAGGAGCCAAUGAGCACAAUCUGGACUAGAGAUUUUUAUGCAGACCUGUCAAGAACAGUAGAUCACUGAACCAAACAGUCUUAUAUAAGUCACUUUCUCAGUAUCACACGCCUUUAUUUGACCAAUCACACACGUGUUCAUUUGUAAAUUACUGGCACAUAGACUGGUGUCUGAUCUCGGACCAAAAUUUAGGGAUAAUGUAAAGUCAACCGAUCAUUACGUUGACGGCCGGGAGGUUUAUCAUGUGGUUAAGACUAGCUUGACUAUACAUUCUUAUUCUUCUUAUACGGCUGCGUACCAAAUAAGUCAACUAGUGGUCAUGAAAUUUUGAUUUCGGUUUAAAUAGAUAAGAAGACUAUCAAGUGAUGGGUUGAGUUUGACCCUUGUGUUAGUAAAAAUGGUCAACAAAUUUACAGGUCGGUUACUCUAAAAAACAUUUGACUGCAGAAUGGUGCAAGUUUUUGUGAAAAUUGGGAGAUUUUUAAGAGCUGCUGUGUAAUAAGGCCAGAAACAGGACUUCAGGUCGAUUGGGACACUUCUGGACGAGGACAAAAGGUUUGCAAAAGUGACAUAUUGCAUUUUGCACUCAAAGAUUGAACGUUUCAGAGAGGUCGUCCAGUUGUGCUGUUCGGAGUCUUGUGUAUUUCUCUUCAUUGUUUUUUUAUGAGGCAUAUUGCCUGUAAGUUAUUGAUGAUGACAUUAUUAGACUUAUUUUCUUCAUGUACAGCUCACAGUAUAAACGUGACGCGGGGGAUUCUGGCGUCUCGGUUCGUUCCGGUACAAAUCAAGCGCCGCACAAACACAUUAACCGUCCGCGUUACCAAACACUCUCCCGUUACACUUAAGUGAAUUAUUCACAUCGGCACGUCGAGCCAAAGUUAUGAAACAUGUCAUUUGUGAAAUAUUGAUUUCAAAGCGAGCUGCAUUGUUUGAAAAAUGGGUCUCGUGAAAUAUGUACAACCGCUGACAAAUUCAUAUUGAUGCUUGAGUAUUAAUAAGAGUUCGUGAUGGCGAGAAGGAUAAAUUUUAAAAUGGCUCGAUUGAAGUUUUUUACUAGGUCACAGUAACCACACACAUAAAUGCAACAACAACAAAAAAGAUCUUGUGCAUGGCUUACUUCAUUUAUUUUUUAAAUGUGUUUUAGUGAAUCCAAGAUGAUUUAUCUGAUGAUUUUGAACAUUCACACGUGUUUAACCCUUUCAGUUUGUAUGGAAGACCUGAGCCUAUGCAACCAAAGCCCUGAGACGACGAACUUUUGAACUGAAUGCCAUUGUGUUUUCCUCCCUAUAGUUUUUUUCUGUAAAUUGUUUGUAGGAAAAUCUAAAGUAAGUUUUCAUGUACAGAUGUAAAUAUCAUUGGAGAAAGCUUUUUAGACGUGAGUGUUCGUUUGUCUGUAAAUGUUCAUUCUUAUAGCCCACAAGAGGCAGAUUCACUGAAUUUCAAGGUGUAUGAUCUUAUGAAGUGUCAUCAAAUGUUCAAUAAACGGUACAAGUGAGCUUUCACAAACUUGGAAACUUCUUCCACAUUCAGC